GCAGAACUCUGCUGCCAUCAAGAUUCAGAAAUGCUUCAGAGGUAGGAAAGUGGUGGAAGCUGAACGCUGUAUAGUUCGCGAGAAUUUCUUGAAAACUUAUGGGGAGCGGUGCCACUCGGUUGACAGGCAGUGCUUCCGUCCAGAUUCAGGUUUUCUGCGUCACCUACUUUUCUUUUUCAAUCCAACAUACACCACUGAUGUUUCUGUCCUCGUGGAGACAUGCCGAUUGCUACUAGAGUUCGUUCGAGAUACCGGGGAUGUUGUUAGCCUCUUUGCUGGUACGGAGUAUGCUUCCAACAAUCAUGUCUUAGUGGUGAGAUACAGAGUGAAGAAAUUUGUUCAUGCUUGUAUUCGGGCUGUUUAUGGAAACAGGAAUAAGUUGAGAGAUCAACUUUUUGUGGAAUCGGCAAUCCUCUUGUUGGAUGCGGUGAAAUUGUUGAUUGAUUCAAGUCUUCCAUGGGCUUGCAGCACUGUCACCUAUCUUCUUCAAGGAAAUAUAUAUUCCUUAUUUAGGGAAAUUGUUCUGAUUGUCAAGGAUAGAAGCUGUCCAGCUUCCAACAGGGUUGUAUCUUCCUUUGAGUGUGUGAUUGCCCUAAUUUCAUCUCAUAUUGGUCAAAGCACUUGUACUUGCCCAAGUGUUGACCCUCAAUGUUGCUUUCUCUCCCAGGUUCUUACAAUUCCAUUUUUAUGGCAGUUUUUCCCUCACCUAAAAGAGAUCUUUGCAAGUUCAUCAGUGAGCCGUCAUUAUUUUCAUCACAUGACAUUAUGCAUGAAAGGCCAUGUUAAUGUCCUCCCUCCUGAUAUAGCGAUUGAUCUUCCUGGCUAUGCUUGCCUUCUUGGAAAUCUAUUAGAAGUUGCCAGGCUUGCUUUUGCUCAGCCAGAACCAUUCACUAUGGCUGUUGAUUUUGCAACUGCUGCGACUUUUUUGUUGGAAGCACUCCCUUCUCUCCAAUCAUCAAAUAUGGGAAGUAAAGAGAUGUCUGAGGAUGAAAUGGUCAUUGAUGAUGAACAAACAGAAAAAGUUCUGAAUUUGGGUUUGGAGCAACAAAUAACCAAUGCUAUAGAUCCACGCUUUCUUCUACAGCUGACUACUGUUUUACUUGGAGGGUUUUCACCUCUCAAUGGUUCAUAUAAUGGCCAGCUGGAUGAGAAACAUGUAGCAGCUGUUACUGCAGUUUGUGCUUUCCUUCACGCGACUUUCAACAUUUUGCCGCUUGAACGUAUUAUGACUGUACUAGCCUAUCGGACAGAAUUAGUCCCUGUCCUUUGGAACUUUAUGAAGCAAUGCCAUGAAAAUCAGAAAUGGUCAUCUUUGUCAGCGCAAUCACCAUAUUUGCCGGCAGAUGCUCCUGGAUGGCUGAUACCUUUAUCUGUUUUCUGCCCAGUUUAUAAGCACAUGCUUAUGAUUGUUGAUAAUGAGGAGUUUUAUGAACAGGAGAAGCCAUUAUCUCUGAAGGAUAUCAGAUGCUUGAUUGUUAUCCUCAGACAGGCCUUGUGGCAGCUCCUCUGGUUGAACCCUACGCUGCCUGCUAACUUUGGUAAAUCAGCUAAUGAUGUCUUUGCUAUGAAGAAACAUCCAUUAGAGUUCCUUCAGCACAGGGUUUGUGUUGUAGCAUCUGAGCUCCUAUCACAGUUACAAGAUUGGAACAACAGAAGGCAAUUUACACUUCCUAGUGAAUUUCAUGCUGAUGGUGUAAAUGAGUAUUUCAUAUCUCAGGCAACGAUGGAGAAUACUAGAGCCAAUGAUAUACUAAAGCAAGCUCCA